AGAGUUCAACUUCACUUCCUCAAAUGAAACGUAAAGUUUGUCAGAAGUUGAGUCUCUUUGUUUCUCUCUAAAGAAAGAUUCAAGAGUACAUCGGGGCUUUCUCCACAACAUAGCAGUUUCUCUGUGUGUAGAUAUGGCUGAAGCUAGUUGUCGACUGUCUGAAGAUCAGUUUCUGUGCCCCAUCUGUCUGGAUGUGUUCACUGAUCCUGUCACCACAUCAUGUGGACACAACUUCUGCAGAAACUGCAUCACUGAACACUGGAAUAGUAAUAACCGGUACCGGUGUCCGAUGUGUAAAACGGUUUUCAACACAAGGCCUGAGUUGCUCAUCAACACUUUCAUCUCUGAGAUGGUCGCUCAGUUCAGAGAGUCAGCUCAACAGAAAGCCAGCAGCAGCAGCUCAGAGCAACAUGUGUCCAAACCAGGAGAAGUUCCCUGUGACGUCUGCACUGGAACCAAACUGAAGGCCCUGAAGUCCUGCCUGGUGUGUCUGGCCUCCUACUGUGAGACUCACCUGGAGCCUCAUCUGACCAUGUCAGGCCUGAAAAGACAUCAGCUGAUCGACCCUGUGGAGAACCUGGAAGGCAGGAUGUGUAUGAAGCACAAUAAACCUCUGGAGCUGUUCUGUAAGAUCGACCAGACAUGUGUCUGCAUGAUCUGCACUGUUUUAGACCACAAGAUGCAUGAUGUUGUUCCUCUGAAAGAAGAAUAUGAAGAAAAGAAGGCUGAGCUGGGGAAGACAGAGGCUGAAAUUCAGCAGAUGAUCAAAGAGAGACAACAAAGGAUUCGGAAUAUCAAUCGCAGGGUCAACUCCAGCAGGAAAAAUGCAGAGUCAGAGAUAGCAGAAGGUGUUGAGGCCUUCACAGCUCUGGUGAAGUUGAUUGAGAGAAGCAUGAACAUCCUCAUUGAUACAAUUCAAGAGAAGCAGAAAGCAAUAGAAAAACAGGCCCAAGCUUUCAUCAAAGAGCUGGAACAGGAAAUCUCUGAGCUAAUGAAGAGAAGCACUGAGGUGGAGCAGCUCUCACGCUCUGAAGACCACCUUCAUGUUCUCCAAAGCAUCCAGUCUAUGAAAGCUGUUCCACCCACCAAAGACUGGGCAAAAGUCAGAGUCUGUCCACAAUCAUAUGUGGGGACUGUGGCAAGAGCUUUGGCUCAGCUGGAGGAGACACUGAGUGAAGACAUUAAGAAACUGUUUAAAUCUGAACUAAAGGGGGUCCAGCGGUAUGCAGUGGAUGUGAGUCUUGAUCCUGAUACAGCACAUCCUACACUCAUCCUGUCUGAUGAUGGGAAACAAGUGUAUCAUGGUGACGUGAAGAAAAAUCUCCCUGACAAACCAGAGAGAUUUUCUAAUUGUCUUUGUGUUUUUGGAAAGCAGAGUUUCUCAGAGCAGAGUUCCUCUUCAGGCAGAUUUUACUUCGAGGUUGAAGUUAAAGAAAAGACUAAAUGGACUUUAGGAGUGGUCAGAGAGUCGAUCAACAGGAAAGAGAACAUCCCACUGAGCCCUGAGGAUGGUUACUGGACUAUAGGAUUGAGAAAUGAAAAUGAGUACAAAGCUAAUGCUGAGCCUCCAGUCCUUCUCUCUCUGAAGUCCCAGCCUCAGAAGGUGGGGGUGUUUGUGGAUUGUCUGGAGGGUCUGGUCUCCUUUUAUGACGUAGAUGCUGCAGCUCUUAUCUACUUCUUUACUGGCUGCUCCUUCACUGAGAAGCUCUUCCUAUACCUCGGUCCUUGUCCUAAUGAUGGUGGUAAAAACUCUGCCCCUCUGAUCCUCUCUCCUGUCAAUCGCACUGAGACCGAGUAGAACAAUUAUUUGAUUUUGUAUGAAAGCAAUCAGCUUUAAAUAAGAGUACAUAUUAUUUAGUAACGGUCACUGUAUUUUGGCUUUUUCUGAUUUUGGCUUUUUGAUAUUACAUCAUAUUUCAACGCAUAUGAACAAGUUUGUAUGAUAUUGUAUAGAAACUUAUGCACACCCAGCCGUACGAUCUCCUACGAAUUUAGGCAUCCACCAGCUGGUCGUGUGACAACCUGGUUAAGUUUAGCGGCCUUUACAGUUCAAUUUAGCUGACAAAAGGUU